AUGGUGGCCAAGGAUACUUUGCACGAUGGCGCUUUCAUUCGCCCAUGUCCUUCACCAUACUCGCAUGCACAGAUUAAAAAAUACCUCGAAUGUAUCAAAUGGCCUGUGUCCACUGUUACUCCGGACCAGUUCGAUCCGAACCUCGACAAUCUCCAUCUCCUGAUGUACCUCCAUUUUGUUGCGUUCCCGUUUAGCAACGUCGAUCUGCAUUACACAAAAGAGCAUCGUAUGUCUGUGUCUUACGAGGGUGCCUAUGAAAGGCUGGUUCUUUAUAGGUCGGGAAGUUGGUGUAUGGGCCAGAAUAGUCUGUUCUUGGGCAUGCUUCGCGGACUUGGAUAUCGGGCUUAUGCUGCUCCAGCGCGAGGUCUCUUCCAGAACAGACACCAACAUGGGCCACUUACGCAUCUCGUCAUUCUUGUCCAGCCCCUCGCGGGAUCCAACCAGACCUACGUUGUCGAUGUUGGCUAUGGAGGUUCAGGUGGUAUUCGGCCUCUCCUUCUCACCGAUAUGAGUGAAAGCGAUGCCCAUUGGGUGUGGGGAACUUUUCCGCCUGAACGACACCGCGUGGUACGUGCCGCUCAUCCCGCAAGCAGUCUCGAAACGGAAGAGGCUUCUGGCGUGGUCCCGCUACGCGACUGGGAUAUGCAGGUUACGCAUUCACCCAUCGGAUCCAAAGAGUUGGAAUGGCAAUCUCUCUACACCUUCAACGAGCUCGAGUUUUUCCCAGUAGACAUAGAGACAGCCUCUUACGUGGUGGCGACCGUGCCGGGGAUGUUCACAAAGACCGUGAUAGUCAACACAGCCUUCGAGGUCACGUUAGACGACUUGGCCGAUGUCGAAUUAGGAAAGGAGGAGCGCUCCGUCCUCUCUGAUAGCGGGUUACGGUGGGUUGGGAGGUGGGUACUGGGGGACGCGGGAACAAAGACCUUCAAGCGUCUUGGGGCACAUAAGCUUGAGGAAAAGGUUCUGUUGAGCGAGAGCGAGAGAGUACUGGUCCUCCGAGAUGUCUUUGGUAUCGAUCUGGACGGGGAAGCUGAGCGAUGGAUAGCAGGGCGAGAUCCAGAGUUGAAGGGUCCUUGAGCUUGGAAGAUUGUGAAGUGUGAUUCGAUUCGUGGCUAUUGUAAUGCACA